AAGCUCUUGGUUGGAAAAAAAUUUAAAAGGAAGAUGGGAUUUGCAGAACUUUAAUGUCUUGAAGUUGGCAUAACUGCAGACAUGUUUGUGGCGCUGCUGGUCUUUCUUAGUGUUGCUGUGCUCCAGUCUGCAUCAGCUGGUGGAGCUUACUGUUCUAAAACUGCAGCAGCCCGUGCAGCUGCCUUGGGUUUGGAGUAUCCUGGACUGCAUGGAGCCCCUGAUCUUUCUGGAGCUCAAAUGAUGUACCCCAGAAGUUUCAACUAUGAAGUGCCUGCAGCUGAGCCUAACUGGGCUUUCUACCAACAAAGUGUGCCAGGAGGAAGGUCUUCCAUGGACAUUUACCCUAGAAGCUCUAGUGGGUCCUAUUUGAGCCAUGGGAUGUAUCCACAAGUCCCAAGUGACUACACCCAUGACUACACCCCUGACCACAUGCUCGACUUUCCUAAAGCCACGCUAUCUGACUACCCUGGGUCACAUUUUAGGGAGGUCAAGCAUGUUGCCCCACCAGCGCACAGCUCUUCCUUUGGCCAGCCUGAGCUGCCGUUUUGGGCUCCUCGAGGUUUUAGCCAGCCGCACACGCAUGUCUACAGCAACCAGCCUCUUGCUGUUGAUGAAGUUGGCCCAAUUAGAUAUGACACGUCUCUGGGUGGACUGACCCAACCCCGAAGUGCAGAACAUGCAGUUGACCAAAGUGGUUUUGCUGAUGCUGGCUUUGAAAGUGAGGUUGUCGAACCUCGAGGAUUUCGUCACUUCAAAAAGCUCAGACAUUAUCCAGACGCUUGGCAGAUUCUCAAAGUUCCUGCUCAGCAACUGUACAGAGGUUUCCACUCUCUGCCAUUUGUUCAAGGUAAAGCUCAUGUUAAGAGAAUGUAGUUAACCUGUCUGCAAGCCUACAGCUGCCAUGUUUGUCAAUUGACCUAAAAGGCUUUGCUUGGAUCAUGAAAAAAUGGUUAUGUAAGUUAAUGUAAUUUACUGCUUCCUCAGUUGUAAUUCUGACAGGGCUGCCAUUUGUAGUGCAAAUAAAACUCAGAUGUUUCUACCAUGG